AAGCGCACUGACUCCCUCAAUCAUUCAUUCAUCCAUCACCUGAUCUGUACAGCCCAGCAACCAGAAUUAACAUCCAGCUGCAAACAUGUCCCAGGCAGAAUUUGAACAAAUUGCUGAGGAUGUGAAGAAGGUGAAGACCAGACCGACUGAUCAGGAGCUGCUGGAUCUGUAUGGUCUCUAUAAGCAGGCUACAGUUGGAGACAUUAACAUUGAUGCACCUGGGGCUCUGAAUUUAAAGGGAAAAGCCAAAUGGGACGCUUGGAACUCCAGAAAAGGCAUGUCCACAGACGAUGCCAUGACUGAGUACAUCACCCUGGCCAAGGAAGUCAUUGAUAAAUAUGGAAUGUGAUAAUUAGAUGAUGUUUAGAUUUUAAAUAGAUUUGCAUCUGAACUAAAAAAACAGAGGAUGUAAUGUUUAGCCUUGUCACUAACAUAGACAUUUUCUUUAGCUUCUGAUCUUGAUAUUGUAGGAGAUUAACAAUCUUUAAGGGUUAAACAUGGUUCUCACAAUAAUAUAUUCUUUGUUUGUUUUAUAUAACUUAUAAAAUCUCAAAUAUUUAAGAAAAA